UGAUUUUUUAAUCAUCAACAGCGGUGAACAAACCUGCUGAAUUCCUAAUCACACAUAUUUAAAUAUAUAUAUUUUUUUGAGAUAGAAAUUGAGAAAUUGAAAUAGUACCAGCAAAAUGGAGGAGCUGGAUAUAACAAGCGUGGGUCAAUUCCAGACCCUGGUGCGCUACAACAACCCGGUGCUGGUGGUAAAGCACCCGGACAAGAAAGGUGGCGCUCCGCUAACAGAGAUAGAGAUGAAAAGGCCCCAAACGGCGGGAGCUUUGCUAGAUACCAAAAGGGAGACCGAGGAGAUUCUUAAUUCCAUAUUGCCACCGCGCUGCUGGGAGGAGGAUGGUCAGUUGUGGCAGCAGUCUGUGUCUAGUACUCCAGCAACACGCCAGGAUGUGAUCAAUUUGCAGGAGAUGCUUGAUACUAGGCUGCAGCAGACCCAAGCUCGUGAGACAGGUAUUUGUCCCGUGCGCCGCGAACUCUACUCACAAUGUUUUGACGAAAUCAUUCGCCAGGUUACCAUUAACUGUUCAGAGCGUGGCCUGCUACUGCUGCGCAUACGUGAUGAGAUCGCCAUGUCAAUGGAGGCCUAUGAAACAUUGUACUGCAGUUCCGUAGCCUUUGGCAUGCGCAAGGCUUUGCAGGCGCAUGAGGAAAAGGAAAUGCUUCGAGAUCGGGUCAAGACUCUUGAACUAGACAAAGAGGCACUGGAGGAGAUAAUAGCAGAUAUGAAGCUUAAGCAGGAACAGGCAGAGCGCCGUAAUGCUGAACUGAGGGCCUCCGAAGAAAAGAAGUUCACGGAGGAGAUAACUUUCCUGAAGAAGACCAACGCUCAGCUGAAGGCUCAGCUGGAGGGCAUAACCGCACCCAAGAAGUAAACGGAGAUUUAUGGUGUGUGGUCUAUGCGUUUUGCAUUUGUCACUUUAACUUUGUUGGAACUUAAUGAAAUUAAAUUAUUUGAGCAACUGAACAA